AAAAAAAACCUGUGGAUAAUACGUAUUAAAAACAUUAUUUGGUCAAUACGUUAAAAUAAAAACUAAAUAAGUUAAAUUAACACUUCUCAAAUAAAAACUAAAAAGAGUACAAUGGAUUUGGAUUUUGGUGACGACUUUGCUGCUAAAGAGGAAGUUGAUCCAGCUGCAGAAUUUUUGGCACGCGAGCAAUCGGUUCUUGGAGACCUAGAAGCUGAAAUAACUGGGGGAUCUGCGACAAGUGCUGUUGCCGCACCUGCAACCGAUGAUGGACUGCUGGGCGGCUUAGUCAGCACCGGGGCCGAGUUAGGCAGUGAACUCUCUGCCAAUGUUGGAGGUGGCCUGGAAUCAUCGACUGGCAGCUUCGAGGUGAUCGGCAGCGAGACAAACGAACCAGUUGGUAUCUCAGGCCCUCCGCCGUCGCGUGAAGAACCCGAGAAAAUACGGAAGUGGCGAGAGGACCAAAAGAAGCGGCUAGAGGAGAAGGAUAUUGAAGAGGAGCGUAAAAAAGAGGAGCUGCGCCAGCAGGCCAAGAAGGAGCUAGAUGACUGGAUGCGCCAGAUCGAAGAGUCCAUUUCGAAGACCAAAUUAUCGUCUCGCAACGCUGAAGUUCAAGCCGCUUCGUUAGAAAAUGGAGCAGUCGAACCCGGAACCGAGUGGGAGCGCAUUGCCAAGCUGUGCGAUUUUAACCCUAAGGUCAAUAAAUCUGGAAAGGACGUCUCACGUAUGCGGUCAAUUUACCUGCAUCUGAAGCAGAAUCCCAUACAAGUACAGAAAAUAGCCUAAAAUAUACAAAUAUAUAUAAAUAUAAAUAACCCUAUUACGCACCUACUGAAACAUUUCGAUUUGACUAUUUAGAUUCUGAUACAAAGUAUUUUUUGUAAAUUCCAAUUAUAUUAAAUAUGUAUUACAUACGAUUAUUUUGCCUCUGAAGUGUUAUAUGAUAUUGAAUAUAAAUAAAAUGGAAAUCUUAUAGAUAUA